GCCGCGCCCGCCCCCCGGCUGCCUUCGGCGGCGCGGCAGUGCCGGCGGGGCUAUGGCUGCGGAGGAGGUGCUGCAGGGCGCGGACCAUUACAAGAGCGAGAUCGAGCGGCUGACCCGGGAACUCUCCGAGACGACCCAUGAGAAGAUCCAGGCGGCGGAGUAUGGGCUGGUGGUGCUGGAGGAGAAGCUCACCCUCAAGCAGCAGUACGACGAGCUGGAGGCGGAGUAUGACGGCCUGAAGCAGGAGCUGGAACAGCUUAAGGAGGCAUUUGGACAGUCCUUCUCAAUUCACCGCAAAGUGGCUGAAGAUGGUGAAACACGUGAAGAAACUCUCCUCCAGGAAUCUGCAUCAAAAGAAGCUUAUUACCUGGGGAAGAUUUUGGAGAUGCAGAACGAGCUGAAGCAGAGCAGGGCAGUGGUCACCAAUGUUCAGGCAGAGAAUGAGAGACUCACUGCUAUUGUCCAAGACUUGAAAGAGAAUAAUGAAAUGGUAGAACUACAGAGGAUACGUAUGAAAGAUGAAAUUCGAGAGUACAAGUUUCGAGAGGCAAGACUCCUACAGGACUACACUGAGCUUGAGGAAGAAAACAUCACUUUACAGAAACUGGUGUCCACACUGAAACAGAAUCAAGUUGAAUAUGAAGGCUUAAAGCAUGAGAUUAAACGUUUUGAGGAGGAGACAGUGUUGCUUAACAGUCAGCUAGAAGAUGCCAUCAGACUGAAGGAGAUUGCUGAGCAUCAGCUGGAGGAAGCUCUGGAAACUUUAAAAAAUGAAAGAGAGCAAAAGAACAAUCUGAGAAAGGAACUAGCCCAGUAUAUCAACCUCAAUGAUAGUAUGUAUAAUAACCAUAUUAAUAUAUCAGUAGAUGGAUUGAAGUUUGCAGAGGAUGGGGGUGAGCCCAACAAUGAUGACAAAAUGAACGGACAUAUCCAUGGGCCUCUCAUGAAACUCAAUGGUGACUACCGAACCGCCACGGGUAGGAAAGGAGAGUCUCUGCAUCCCGUCUCUGACCUCUUCAGUGAGCUCAACAUAUCAGAAAUACAGAAACUGAAGCAGCAACUCAUGCAGGUGGAGAGAGAGAAGGCUAUUCUUCUGGCCAACCUGCAGGAGUCUCAGACGCAGCUGGAGCACACCAAGGGAGCCCUGACCGAGCAACACGAACGGGUACACAGGCUCACAGAGCACGUCAAUGCCAUGAGGGGGCUGCAGAGCAACAAGGAGCUGAAAGCUGAGCUUGACUCUGAGAAGGGCCGAGAACCCGGUGAGGAAGCACAUGAUUAUGAAGUGGACAUCAAUGGCUUGGAGAUCCUAGAAUGUAAAUACAAAGUAGCUGUGACUGAGGUGAUAGACCUCAAAGCAGAAAUCAAAGCCUUAAAGGAGAAAUAUAAUAAGCAUGUGGAAAACUACACUGAAGAGAAGGCCAAGUAUGAAAGCAGAAUCCAGACGUAUGACGAGCAGGUGACAAGCCUGGAGAAGUCAACCAAGGAAAGCCAGGAAAAAAUGGUCCACAUAGAAAAGGAGUUGCAAAGGAUGACAAGCAUAGCAAAUGAAAACCAUAAUACCCUCAACACCGCCCAGGAUGAGCUGGUGACAUUUAGUGAGGAGUUGGCUCAGCUCUACCAUCAUGUCUGCCUGUGCAACAACGAGACACCAAACAGGGUCAUGUUGGACUAUUACAGGCAAAGCAGAGUCACCCGCAGCGGGAGCCUGAAAGGACCAGAUGACCCUCGAGGUCUCCUUUCCCCCCGGCUUGCCAGAAGGGGGGUGUCAUCACCUGUAGAAGCCAGGACCCCAACUGAGCAGGUGACAAAAGAGGCCACUGAGCCUGGCAAGGAACAAAGCCCAACAAAAACACCUACCAUUUCUCCUGUCAUCACAGCCCCUCCUUCCUCCCCUGUCUCUGAUACCAGUGACAUCCGCAAAGAACCGAUGAACAUCUACAACCUCAAUGCCAUAAUAAGGGACCAAAUCAAGCACUUGCAGAAGGCUGUCGAUCGCUCACUGCAGCUGUCGCGCCAGCGUGCUGCAGCUCGGGAGCUGGCGCCCAUGAUCGAUAAAGACAAGGAGGCCUUAAUGGAAGAGAUACUGAAACUGAAAUCACUCCUGAGUACGAAGCGUGAACAGAUUGCAACCCUGAGAGCAGUGCUGAAAGCCAACAAGCAGACUGCUGAAGUGGCACUAGCCAAUUUGAAGAAUAAAUAUGAAAAUGAAAAAGCGAUGGUGACUGAAACCAUGACCAAACUACGGAAUGAAUUAAAGGCUUUGAAGGAAGAUGCAGCAACCUUCUCAUCCUUGAGAGCGAUGUUUGCAACUAGGUGUGAUGAGUAUGUCACGCAGCUGGAUGAGAUGCAGCGACAGCUAGCAGCUGCGGAGGACGAGAAGAAGACCCUAAAUUCUCUGUUGCGCAUGGCUAUCCAGCAAAAACUUGCCCUUACUCAGCGACUGGAGGAUUUAGAGUUCGACCAUGAGCAGUCCCGACGCAGCAAAGGCAAGCUUGGAAAGAGCAAGAUCGGCAGCCCUAAAGUAAGUGAGGAGGCAUCAGCCACCGUGCCAAGCAUAGACACUUUCCUCCUGCAUAGUCAGGGCCCACAGCAACCAAACUUACUGGUCAGCAGUGGCACUCAGAGGAAAAGACUAUUCUCACCUUCCCUUUGUGAUCAGAGCCAUCCCAGGACUUCAGGGACCUACCUCCAGAAAUUAUUAAGAGCCCCCCCUCAUCCCACCUCCACAGAAUCAUAUCUUCUGAGGGGCCCCCCUUCCAUGAGUGAAUUCAUCCAUGGGCACCGUCUCAGCAAGGAAAAAAGGUUAACCGUGGCCACACCAGUCCUAAUGCUCUUCCAGAAGAGCAGCCACAUUCCAGCUCUCAGUGUGCCCCUCUCAACUGUCUCUCUAAGCCUCCUCCUUACCCCUAAUCUUCAUACGCAACAUAAGAGAAAAUGCAGAGUGGAGUUCAUGCAACAAAGGUUGGGGUUGUUCCCAGCAAGCGGGUAGACAAUUCUGCCUUGUUGCUGCAUUGACAAAUCUGGAUUCAUAUCCCCUGCUCCAGCGACUGAGGGAAGGUUGAGAAGAAGAACACAAAGCACAGAGCCCAACCUACCAAGAAGACUUUUUAUGGUUCCUCUGAUUGUAUUCAAACUUUGCUAUCACAACUAAAGUGUAGUGAAAUUUAACAUCUUGACAAAAAUGUUCCUCCCAACUGCUUGGCUUUGGCUCUGAAGUAAUGAGAGACUUAAGCCAAUGUUAGAAAAAGUUAUGUUACAAGAUUCUGCCCUCACAUCCUCUAAGUUCAGCCAUAGGAACCAGUUUAAAUUUCCUUCUGUCAUUAAGGGUGUGAUAUUUAUUUCUCACUUUAUUUGCACCAGAUUUUUGUGUUUAUAAAAUGCAGUCUCUUUCCUUUUUUUCUUUUUCUGAGAAUUGUAUUUAACUGAUAUUAUUUUUAAAAAAUAAGAGGAAUAGCUUAAGUGAGGAAUGACUGUGUUAAUACUAAAAAGAGGCUUGUUGCAUUGGCCAGCAUAUGGCCAAUUUUUAUUGCACAAAAGUGUU